UCUAUGUCCAUCUGGAUGUACAUACGUAUGGGCGUGCAAAAUUUGAUGAGAAUUGGUUCGCUCGCCUUCGGCUCGGUCGCUCAAUAAAUCUAAAUAUGAUGAAAAUAUAAAAAUGAAUUUGUAUUUCUCCGAACUAUAUGAACAUUUUAUAAUAUACAUACAUUAAUUUAAAUACUUUUAUGUAAAAAAUAAUACUGUUGCUAAGCAACCUCUUGACAACGAAAGUCUAACCUAUUACAUGUUGAAUUUUUUCUAUCUGACACAAGAAAUUAAUAAAUGUAAACGGCUAUGUAGGUAUGCAGUUAAUUAAAACUGUUAUGAAUAGUAUUUUGUAUCAUGUAUACUAUAUGUGAUAAAUGGUAUGAGUUACUUUGCUAAAUUAUUGUCAUUUAAAUUCAAACAAAUCAAACACAAAAGUCGUGUAAGACUCUUUCACAAAGUGUACCAUAAUGAAAAACGAGGUCUUUUCUACAUAAAAUUAGACGACAAUUCCAGAGCAGCAUUGCAAUAUAAAGCAGAUGGAAAAAUUUUGGAUAUGCAGGCAAUCAAUGUACCAUACAGGUAUACAGGACAAGGCAUAGCACGGCUACUCGCUGAGACAGCUUUCACAUAUGCUAUUGUAAAUUAUUAUUAUCUAUUCCUGUCCUGUGAUUACAUGCAAAAGUAUUAUCUUGCAGUUAAAAAUUCAGAUCUUGAAGAACUUGUUGUUGGACCUAUGCAUAUUUUGGAAGGACCUGAUUCAGAACCUUUAGAUCCUAACAUUAUUUAUGAACUUCCGGAUCCAGAAGAUUUUUUAAUAUAUUCUUCUUAAUGAACAUUUUUAUUACAAUAG